CAAGCCUGUGCUUCCCUGCCUGCUUUCUUUUUCCUUUCUGGCUCAGCUUGGGACAGAAGCUCAUUCCAGACGGGGCUCAGGUCUUGUGUUUUAAUAGCAGUGAUGGAAAAACAUGAGAAUGUUUCCUGGAUCUACCAACAGGAGCUGGAAGAUCCCUUCAAGAAAUACCUGAACAAUACGGAUGACUACCUCGCUUUGCUCUGCGGGCCUCGUCGCAGCCACCUCUUCCUCCCGGUGACUGUGGUGUAUGCUCUGAUUUUUGUGGUGGGGGUCGUUGGCAAUCUCCUGGUAUGCCUGGUGAUUCUUCGGCACCAGACGAUGAAGACCCCCACCAAUUAUUACCUCUUCAGCUUGGCUGUCUCCGACCUCCUAGUCCUGCUUCUCGGGAUGCCCCUGGAAGUCUACGAGAUGUGGCGCAACUACCCCUUCCUGUUUGGGCCGGUGGGCUGCUACUUCAAGACGGCCCUCUUCGAGACCGUGUGCUUCGCCUCCAUCCUCAGCGUCACCACCGUCAGCGUGGAGCGCUACGUGGCUGUCCUCCACCCGUUCCGCGCCAAACUCAAGAGCACCCGGCGCCGGGCCCUCCGCAUUCUUGGCAUCGUCUGGGGCCUCUCUGUUCUCUUUUCUCUGCCCAACACCAGCAUCCAUGGCAUCAAGCUCCACUACUUCCCCAACGGGUCCUUCAUCCCGGGCUCUGCCACCUGUACGGUCAUCAAGCCCAUGUGGAUCUAUAAUUUCAUUAUCCAGGUCACCUCCUUCCUCUUCUACAUCCUCCCCAUGACAGUCAUCAGUGUCCUCUACUACCUCAUGGGGCUCAAGCUGAAGAAAGACCAACACCUUGAGGCAGAUAAAGCGACUGCAAAUAUUCAAAGACCAUCCAGAAAAUCAGUCACUAAAAUGCUCUUUGUCUUGGUGUUAGUGUUUGCUAUCUGCUGGGCCCCAUUCCACAUCGAUCGGCUCUUCUUCAGCUUUGUGGAGGAGUGGACUGAACCUCUGGCUGCUGUGUUCAAUCUCAUCCAUGUGGUGUCAGGUGUCUUCUUCUACCUGAGCUCAGCGGUCAACCCCAUUAUCUACAACCUGCUCUCUCUCCGCUUCCAAGCAGCAUUCCGGACCGUGAUCCCUCCUUCCUGCCAACAGCAGCACUCCCAUAACCACUCACCAGGGCCAUCUGUGCAGCGGAACAUCUUCCUGACAGAAUGUCACCUUGUGGAGCUGACUGAGGAUGCAGGUCCCCAGUUCCCUUGUCAGCUGUCCGUCUUCAGCUCUCACCUUCCCAGAGCCCUCUGUACUGGACAGGCACUGAGAAAGGAGCUCUCAAAGAGUUGACAUCCCUGUGUGGUUCUGUAUGCUGGAGGUGUGGGGGGAUAUCCCAUAAUUUAUGCCUUCUUAUAUGAUAUUAAAGAGGUAAAAUGACUCUUGGAACUUAGAUAUCCAAUUCUAGCUUUUCCCCCAACAAAUGUGAAAAUUGAUACUUAAAUCUUGAUUUAAAACCCAGAACCUCUUGAUUUUUAGUUAGCUUUCCACUGUCUUAACUGCUUCAUGUCCUUCACUAGUCCAUGAAAAGAGCAUGACUAACAAGUCACAGCACCUAUACUUUGAGUCAUUCUCACAAUCGGGAAUGAUUUGUCUUGCUAUUCACACUCUGAGUCAGGCUGUCAUUCUUACAACCAGUGGUCCCUAUGAGCCACAGAGGGAGACCUGGAAAUGCUGUUAAUGUAAUUUGAGGGGCCCAUGCCAGUUCUUCCACAGCAAUGUGUACCCUGCUUCAUACGGUUCAAUUACAAUGUGAUUUCCUUGGAGUCCUGAAGCCUUUGACUUAAAGAGUCCUGGUAACAUAAGAAUGCUCUUCAGAAUUAUUAUUCCCACCAUUCUUUUAAUGAUCCACAAGUCAUUAUCAGUCAUUUCUCACCAGGGAUGAAAUCAGAUACAAGUUCUACUUGGAGCAGAAAGGGAAGAAAGAGAAUAUGGUGGAAGGUCCAAAGAGUCAACCUAUACUACUUGUUUUCAUCAUUUGGUCUAGACCUGGAUUUCUAUUAACUUGUGUCAUAAAGAGAUGUAUGUCUACUGUCUCAUAAAAAGGACAAGUCAAGUGAU